AUCUGGCAGUGCGGCGGCCGGAUGCUGGACGCGCCGUGCUCGCGCGUUGGCCACGUGUUCCGGCACGCGCCCAAGGGCAGGCCGGCGGUGCACUUCGACUUCCUCAGCAAGAACUACAAGCGCGUAGCGAAGGUGUGGAUGGACGAGUACGCGGAGGCGUUGUACCGCAGGAACCCGCACCUGAGGGAUGUCGACGAAGGGGACGUCUCCAGGGAGGUCGAGAUCCGCAAGAAGCUCAAGUGCAAGAGCUUCAAGUGGUUCCUGGAGAGCGUGGCGCCGGACCUGCUCGUCAAGUACCCGCCCGUCGAGCCGCCGGACUUCGCCAACGGGACCAUCCGGAGCAAGGCCUCCCCGACGCUGUGCCUGGACAACGGCUCCAGGGAGUACGGGGACAUCAUCAUGUACAAUUGCCACGGAGGAUACAGUCAGUACUUCUCUCUCUGCUGGAGGAAAACGAUUAAGAUCCAGAACGAACAGUUCUGCUGGAUGCUGCCCAACAGCAGAGACAGAGCGCCGUCGCAGUUCAACUGCCAGAAUUCCCACCACGUUCCUGCGCAGUCGUGGAGAUACGAUCCCGACACGCAGCAGAUCCAGAGCGAGCUGCACGGCUGGUGCGUGGAGGCGAGCCCCAAGGCGCGCACCGUCCACAUGGCCAACUGCGACGCGUCCAACCCCGACCAGAAGUGGGAGUGGAAGUUCACCAACACCAAGCUCAUCCACGACACGUUCCCGCCGUUCUCGGGUCGGGACACCCUCUAGGGAAAGAGGGAGUAGGCGGGAGGGUUGGGCGCGGAAGGCAGAGGACGGGAGGGAAGAAAUGAGUCAAAGCCUUACACCUUUCCAGAUAUUUUUGAACAGCGACUGAAAAUCGGCGUUGGAUUUUUAAGGCCUUCAAUGGCUCUGUAAAUAUACUUUGCUAUCUGUUAUGAUAAUUGUAGAUCAUGGACCUUGUCCGUGCCGAUAAAAAAAAAAAAUAUGGAUAAAAGUCACUGUGUGAAGCAGCUGCGGCGUGUCUGGUAGUCACUGAGGGAGAGAAAGGUCGUGUAAAUAGAUUAUUUAUUUUGAUUUGAUUCCAGCGUUUGGCGCGGACGGUGGUGUGAGUGCGUGCUGGCUGGAGCGUCAAGGCCGAGCCCGACUCACGUUUUCAGGGAAGGAAACUUACAUGGAUACAGAUCCACCCAUAUACCUGCAUUGAUGCAUUCAUAGAUGCAGUUUGCAGGCAUCGAUAUAGAUCUACAUAUGUCCACACAUCCAUGCUUACAUACUCAUAUAAAAGAUAUAUGAUUUCUCUCUCUCUCUCUCUCUCACACACACAGACACACACACAGAUAAGCUCUAUUCGAAUGGCCCUCCAUCCGAACAGCCGGCAUCCGAGCACGACCGUUCGGAAGGAACGGCUUCGAAGGCUGGCCGCUGUUAGUGACUGAACAAAAGCCUUAGCGAGAAUGUCAUGGGACCUUUUUUUGUCUCUCGAUUGUUAAUUUCGUGUGCUUGUGAUCCCGGAAAUAUUUGUUUUCGUGAUUUCUGAAUGUUUAUUGCGCUGCUAGUCUUAUGUUUCUCUUAAAAAUCGAGAUCGCGGCCCCGACGAAGAAGGUUGAAGAAAGAGUAAAAA